AUGAUCAGCCCAGCUUACGGCUGGCACACACCCCCGUGCCCGCGGGUAGCAGUGUCACCGGCAAGAGCUUCUCCGGUAGUGCGGCCACCUGUUGUGGGCAGCGUCAACAGCAGCAGCAGUGGCAGCAUCCAGUCCGAUGUUACGAGGGCGCACCCGCCGGUGCUAGCACAGGCGCCACGGAACUGGACUCCACCUCGUCCAGCUGCUGAUGCGGCUUUCGUGCAGGUGAGCAGGUGGAAGCCGGCAGAUUCUGGGGCAGAGACAGCAAGGGAGUCAGGUUUACAGUGGCUGCUGAGGAACGCAGCACCAGGUACGAUUCCAGCGCCAAGCUACAGCCUGACGGAAAGGUACUCGCACCGGCCUUGGACCAUCCAAGAUGCCAUGGCCUUGAAAUGCCUGGAGACGCCAAACCUGGACUAUGCCUCGCAGCGUGGACCGGGACAUGAGGUCCCUGCGCCCCAAUCCCAAGACCAGUCCAGCAGCAUGGACCAUGCUUACAGGCACAGCCCCUCGGGGCACGCCUACGCCGGGGAAGAUGCAUUCACGGCAGUUGCAGCUGCAGUGAAUGCGGCAGCCGGCCAUUUCCAGUCCGAGGCUUCUUACAGCAAGCUCGGCACGGAUGAAAUGCCGGGCACCUGUGGGGAGCUCCUGGAGCUCCUCGGAGCCAUCGCCUCCGCAUCCCGGCGCCAAAGCGAGGCGGCUGCCCGACUUCAGGAGCGCGUGGCUUCCCUAGAGACCAGCUCGGCGCGUCUUCGAGAGGAGCUCACCGCUUCCAAAGCAGACUUGCGAGAAGCCGAGAGCCAGCUCCAGGAGAGCCGCGCGGAAGCCUUGGCUGCAAAGGCGGAAGCCAGCCUCACUGCCGAGGCCGAGCUGACCCAGGAGAAGCAGAAGUGCCAGGAGCAUCGCCAGGAGACGCGUAGGCUGCGCAUCCAGCUCGAGCGCCUGGAGGAGCGCGAAGAAGAGCUCCAGGCCAGUGCGGAACGAGCUCAGCGACGGGAGCGUCAGCAAGAUGAGCUCGUUGCAGACCUGAAGCAGCAGCUUCACACUUUGAGGGAGGCGCGACAUCAGGAGGAGAUGGCGGAAGUUAUCCUUGCAGCUGCACAGGAGGUGAACCUGCUGCCGAAGACAAGUGCUCAGACUUCUCCUCCACCACGACCGCCACCCACCGUACGGCCUUUGCUCUCCCCUUCUGAGCGCCUGCUGGUUUCCUCCGGGUCGACGGAUCUGCAGAGCCCGCCACCGGAGGCACAGCGCCGAGCCGUGGCUUUGCAGCUCGGCCGUGGGUUUCUAUCUGUUUAG